CUUUUCCCUUUUAUGAAUAAUACUGCCAUUAUAACAGGUGCAACGCGUGGCAUUGGACUUGCUAUAGCUCAUGCCUUUGCCAAACAAAACAAACAAUUGGUGCUUAUUGGACGUGAUGAAACUCGUGUUGCUGCUGUUCAAGAGCUUUUCCAAGAAACUUAUGGUGAUGGCCAUGUUGGUAUAGCCUUGGAUGUUUCUAACAAAGAAGCUAUUGAUCAAACAUUGAAAGACUUGAUUAAAGGCAAAACUAUUGACCUACUGGUGAAUGCUGCUGGUAUUUCAAGAGACGGUUUACUUUUGCAAACCAAAGAAAAGGACGUGCAAGAUAUUAUUAAUACAAAUUUAUUAGGGACUAUGUAUGUAACACAGCAUAUUGCAAAGGCCAUGAUACGAAAAAGACAAGGUGGAUGUAUUAUCAAUCUUUCUAGUGUCAUAGGUCUCUCGGGAAAUCCUGGUCAAUGCAUUUAUAGUGCAUCUAAAGCAGGGAUCAUAGGUUUUACCAAAUCGCUCGCCAAGGAACUUGGACCAUUACAAAUUAGAGUGAAUGCCAUAGCACCUGGGUUUAUAGAGACUGAUAUGACAGCAGGGAUUUUAGGUCAACCAGAUAAAAGAGCAAGUGUUCUCGCAUCAAUUCCAUUACGACGGUUUGGUCAAGUAGAUGAUAUUGCUGAAGCUGCUCUUUUUAUUGAAAGAUCAAAAUACAUGCAUGGACAGGUUCUACAAAUUGAUGGUGGAUUGAUAGUCUGAUUAUAUGAUGUCUACAAGAUGGACUCGAUUGGGAUUUAUUUGAAAUGGAAUGGGAUUGACUUUAUUAGAAUAGGUUAGAAUAGUGUGUAUAGAAUUACCAAUAAACUAUCGGAUAUAUAAAAAUAUAUUUGAUAAAACAUGU